AUGACGAACGAGAGGAUGCUAAGGGCAGAAGAUGCGGAGGUGAAGCCGUAUGUAAUUGUGGGCGAUUUGGGGAAGGGCAGUUUCGCGACGGUCUAUCGGGGAUACCAUGAGCAAACGCACCACCAAGUGGCGAUUAAGACAGUGAAUCGAAGUGGUCUCAGCCCGAAGCUGUUUGACAACUUGCAAGGAGAGAUUGAGAUCCUGAGGAGUCUCUCCCACCGACAUAUCACCCGGCUGCUUGAUGUCAUACGUGCAGAGCGGAACAUAUACCUCAUAAUGGAGUUCUGUGCCGGGGGAGACCUCGCGAAUUACAUCAAGAAGCGCGGUCGGGUAGAGGGCUUGGAAUAUGUCCCCGCUCCCAACGCGGCUCCCACUUAUUACCCACAUCCCAAGCAUGGCGGCUUGAGCGAGAUUGUUGUUCGCAGCUUUCUGAGACAACUAGCUCGAGCAAUCAAGUUCCUCACGCAGCGGAAUCUUAUCCACCGAGAUAUCAAGCCCCAGAAUCUACUCUUGACACCGGCGGGCCCGGACGAGUACUCCCGGGGUCAUCCACAUGGGGUUCCAGUGCUAAAGGUGGCCGAUUUUGGCUUCGCACGCUUUUUACCCUCGGCCAUGAUGGCGGAAACACUGUGUGGGUCGCCAUUAUACAUGGCUCCGGAGAUCUUGAGCUAUCAGAAGUACGACUCGAAGGCAGACCUGUGGUCGGUCGGCGCGGUACUUUACGAGAUGGCGGUCGGCAAACCUCCGUUUCGCGCGCAGAACCAUAUCGAACUGCUCAAGAAGAUUGAAGAAUCGAAGGGCAUCAAGUUCCCGGACGAAGACCCGCAAGCCAUUUCGCGCGCACAAGCGAAGGGCGAGGAGCUUAAACCUGUUCCGCCUGAUAUCAAGAUGCUCAUCCGCGCGCUGCUGAAGCGGGUGCCCGCCGAGCGCGCGAGCUUCGAGGAGUUCUUCACGAGCACGGCGAUGGUCAAGUCGAAGUUUCCCCGACCGAAGGAAUCGAUACCGCCGCCAGAAGACGAUGACGAUGCGGAUCGCAUACCCGACCACCACCGUGUCAUUCCUCCAGAGGUGCUCGAUCCUAAGGCGAUGAUUCCACCGGCGAAGAUAAAGUUUAGACGCAAGUCGCAUACAGGCGGACCCGUGCUUGACGAGCCAUUGGCCGACGGGGUCAUGGCUGAUGCGGCUGGCCCUUCGCGUCCACGAUCUCCGCCUGCGCAAUCACAGUCUCCUCGGUUCAGCCCUGCGCUGCAGACGAAGCCCCUCCCAGCGGAUAAUCCCGACGCAUCGUCUACGAUACCAGGCGAAACCGAAGAGGACGGGAUUUUACGCCGCGAAUAUGUCUUGGUGGGCGACCGCCGCGCCGUGGAAAUCAACCGUGCUGUCGAUGGUAAGAUCACAUCUCGCCGUCGACCGCUGCGCGACCGCAAGGUACCUUCCCCGCUCACUGACGACGCUCUGAACUACGGUGGAGACGACCCUACGCUCGAAUCCCCAAGCCCUCCAACGACAUUUCCCCCUCCUCCUAUCCCCAAUCCGCCGCUGUCAUCAUCUCCAUCUAGCGCUGGCGUCAGAGCCAGCGGUAAUGCCCUCACUCGUGCGCUGAAUAUUGCGACGGGAAUCCUUCGCGGAGGCAGCACGAAGCGGCGCCCUUCGUACAACCGAGAGUACACUCCAUCGUCUCCACGGAAGGCGCAAAUGUUUGGCGGGUCACGAGGUCAGGGACUCGGCCUCGAGCUCCAAGGCCAACGGGACGCCGAGGAGGAAGAGCUACUCUCCACGCUCGAGGAGCUCGCGCAGAAGACGGAGGUGCUAGAGCGCUGGGCGGACGAGAUGUACGAUUAUGUUAAGGCGUUCCCGCAGAAGCCGCUCCCGGACCCCACGAAGUUCUUGAGGCGCGAAGGGGAGACAGAACGGCUCGCGGCACGGCGGAAGAACGCGGACAUCCAGGCGGAAUACAACGCGAUCACGUGUGUCGCACUGUACAUGCUGCUCAUGACGUUCGCGCAGACGGGCAUCGACAAGCUGCGGAACUACUAUGAGCACAUGCAGAUGCGCGAUCCGGAUGGGGAGCUCGAGAUGAGCGAGGGCUUCGAUGAAGCGCUCACAUGGUUCAAGGAGCACUUCAUCAAGUGCCAUGAUCGCGCCGCCCUCGUAAAGACCUGGCUGCCCGCGCAGUACACGGGUCCGCCGACAUUCUUGGACCAGCUGGUGUACGACCACGCCCUGAUGCUGAGUCGCACGGCCGCCCGGAAGGAACUGUUCGACCAGGCCCAAGCGCCCGACGAGUGCGAGAAGCUGUACGAGGAGUCGCUGUGGUGCCUGUACACGCUGCAGGACGACCUGCUGCAAGCGGGUAACCCCUUCCUCGAGGAAGACCGGAGCACCAUCUCCACAUGGAUCAAGCGGACGAAGCUCCGUCUCGUCCGCUGUCGUGCGCGGAUGAACAUGACCGACCGCGAGCGCGUCAAGGACGCACGUAUGGACCACAACCUGGUCGACGUCCCGCGAAUACCCGCGCCGUGGGACGUCCCUACCUCGGACCCCUCUUCCGCCCCUCACGAACCUUAG